AAUCUGUAUCGCGAAUUGUGUUUGAUCUUCGACCGCGUGCACGUGUUUCUUCACGUGUCGCCGCUCCGAUUAUUUUCUGCGAAGGACACAAGUCGAAAGAAUCUAUCCAGCCGUAAGAGAGUCCUGCACGGGGGAAUUAUUCUGUCCACAAAAUCCCUCGACAAAGAUUUCGAACGUAUAUAAUCCCCACAAGUAUUCGACCCGCGUCGAUUUUAAAUGCCGCGAUUUGUAAGCCAUCAGAUUAUCAAUCUGUUCACGCGGUAAAUCCCCAAGCGUUCUCCAAAUCCCGCAUCUUUCGAUUCGCACCCACCCCUCGGGCGAAUCUUUUUUCCCCGACAGUCGCUGAAGAUGCCUUGAUCGAGCCGAUCGCAAAAGUUUUUCUGGUCCCGCAAAGAUGACGUCCGACCGCUCGAUCUGUUUGCCGGUGCUCUUUCUCGUUUGCGUUUGGCGCACCUUUGUUUUCGGCGAGCAACAAUUUCUGGAGAAACCGCAACCCUACCAAGAGGUAUCGUCCGGCGAUGACGUGAAGUUACGUUGCAUAGUACAAAACAAGGGUGGCCAGUGCAUCUGGCAGAAGGACCGAAGACCGGUAGGCAUACAGCCAGACAAGUACGAGUGGGCGAACAACCGCGGCAGCGGCGACUGCACCCUCGUGAUAAGACGUGCCAAUUUAUAUUUCGACGACGGCUUGUGGGAGUGCCAGGUUACUUCCAGCGACUUUACCCGCCAAGACGCGCUCUCAUCCGAGCAAUCGAGACUGCUCGUAAAGGUAAAACCUAGAGAACCUCAACUGGAAUACGGGGGGACCUUUUUGGGCGCCACCCUAACACUGCAGGAGGGACAGGAAGUAAUGAUUUCCUGCGUUUCGAAAUACGGAAACCCACCCGCCGUCAUCAAGUGGUUCAUAGGGAACAAGGAGGAGAAAUCUUACACGUCGCAAAGCAACGCAACGGAGGUGGAUAAUCCGAAAACCUGGGCAGCUCAUAGUAUUCUACGGGUGCGUGGUCGGAGGGAAAAUCACGGUCUGCCGAUCCGAUGUGUGGCCAUGCAUCCGACGAGCUUAACACCGAUGAGCACAGAGACGCGACUGGAUGUUCAUUAUUCGCCGGAAGUGCGACUCGAGAUGGGUCCACAACCGCUCAUAACCGCUCCAGAGGAUUCGGUGAGCGUCUUGGACCUGAAAUGCCUAGCGGACGCUAAUCCAGUCCCAAGCAUCAAGUGGUUCAAAGACUCGGUGCCGCUCGACCGUUUGUUAAUCGACGCCACGUCUUCGUCGUCACUGCCAUCGCUAACGCAAGACAAAACAACAGGGCUGAACGACACCAUGUGGAGUGCCAAUUUGCACUUUGAACCGAUCACGAGAAAUGACGCCGGCCUGUACUCGUGCAAAGCGACAAACAACGUCGGUGAAAGCGUUCUUGCAAGUUACAGGCUCGAUGUACAAUAUGAACCGAGGGAGAAGAGGAAAGAGGGAAACAUCACGUCCAUGAACAUGGAAGAAAUGGCGCUGUUAGGUACCGCCGUGGCCCCCUUUGAGUGCUCCGAGUUCGAAGCUAAUCCAUCCCCUCAAUACAGGUGGGUGCAUCUUCGCGGUAGCUUGGCGGAGACGAUCGAGAAUCGCGUGCAAAACAAGGGCGGUGGUCGACGCCUCCACCUUGAGAACAUCAUGUGGUCCGACGAGGGGGAAUACCGUUGCAUCGCCUUCAACACAAUCAACGGUGUCAAACGAGAGACCUCCAGUAGCAUACAAUACGUGCUGCACGUGACGGGACCACCAGAGAUCCAGGUCAAACCAUUGCUAGGCGACAAGAACCUCUUCGAGUCUAUCGGAUGGGCAGGGGAACCCGUGCACAGGCUCAAGUCUCGAUUCUGCUCGCGACCGCCACCGAAACUGGUCGCUUGGCAGUGGGGCAGUUCUCACAUUCGAGCCGGAGAGAAUAUUCUACCAAAGUACGAGGCUCUACCGUUGGAACCUAUUGUCGAGAACAAAGUGGUGACUAACUGUUAUUGGGCCAAGCUGGAAAUCAAAGACUUACGAAAGGAGGACGCUCGAAUGUACACUUUGUUAGUGGAGAGCGAGAAAGGUCGGGAUUCGACGAACAUUAAAUUGAUAGUGAGAGACCCCACGGAGAUGCGCGUGAUAGCCGCGGCCGUGGCGGUCGGCCUGUUAUUCCUGUUGCUGCUGAUCUCCAUCAGCGUGUACUCGCUCCUGAGGAUGCGACGCGGACGAUACCAAAGGAAAGUGGAGGAGGAGGGUAGUAUCGCGGCAGAUGCACUUUAUAGUAACGGUGCUUCGAUGGAUCAACAAAAAUCCAUCAAUUCGUCUCACGCAAAGACCUUCGCGAGAAAGUCCAGCUUAGACAGCGGCCAGGACGUGUAUGACUACAGUCGCAUCGUAAAGCAGACGCGUGCCAUGAGUCCGGAAGCGUUGAAGGUCAGAAGAGCGCCAGCAGUCUUGCAACCGCCCACUAUCGUGUAAAAUAUACGGAUCUCCAUCUCUUUCAUUGAUACAGAAUCCCUUCUUCUCAUCAUCGAAUCCUAUUCCCUUCAGCAACAAAAUCUACCUUUUGCUGUACAUUCACAUAUCCCUUCCA